CUCCUCCAGUCUCCAGCUUGUACCUCCUAUCAGAUGACUCCACAGGGGCACAGGCCGCCCCCCAAGGUCAACCUGGAUAACUACAGGAUGGAUCUGAAUAGCGAUCAUUCCACCGAUGACGAGGCCCAUCCCCAGAAGCCCAUCCCCACCUGGGCCAGAGGCACUCAGCUAAGCCAGGCCAUCAUCCACCAGUACCACCACCCCCCAAACCUGCUCGAGCUCUUUGGAACCAUCCUCCCGCUGGACUUGGAGGACAUCUUCAAGAAGAGCAAGCCUCGCUACCACAAGCGCACCAGCUCUGCCGUCUGGAACUCGCCGCCCCUGCUGGGCCCCAGGGUCCCCAGCAGCCUGGCCUAUGGCCUGAAGAAGUACUGAGGCCCCCAGGCGUUCCCAGCAGUCUCCACCCCUGCGUGUGUCUGUGUGUCCGCCUCUCUGUUGGUCUGGGGCCAUCCUGCCUGGUGUUCCGUCUCCAGGGGUUUGGCUGUGUGUAUAUAAAUGUCCUCUGUGCUCCGGGGGUUGCAAGUCGCGCAGGCCUGUUUGGAAGCUGCACUUGGCGGGUAGUUGGGGGAGAACCUGCCCAGCCCCACCUGGCCUGCAGACAGCGCUCUGUAAAUAGACUGUUAGAAUUCAGCUGAAUUUUAGCCUCUGGUGUUUGAGAGCUAGAUUAAUAAAGUCUGUUCCUUUAAGCCUGCUGUGGGUAUUGUAGAGGUGGGGGCCGUGGCAGGAUGCCCCUGGCCCCUGGCCCCGCAGCCAUGUGUCUCAGGCCACCGAUGGGCCGGGGACCAAGGGACUAUUCCUCUUCCUGGAGUAUGCUUCCGGCCGACGCAGUGGGUGAUUGUGAUGCCGUCUUUGGGCCACGCUGAGAAACACUUGAGUUACUCGCGCGAUGGGGCAAGCGAAGAUAUUUCUGACGCUCGGGGGAGCUCCCUGUUUGUAAAAGGGAGCUUGCCCAAUGGGAAAGACGUGGGGUCGAGGUCAGGAGGACUGGGCUCUUGACACAGCUCUGCCACCUAAGACAGUCCCUGGGCCCUGCAGCCUCCACGCUUGCCGCAUGGACGGUCAAAGGACCUGAGAACGCGUGCACGCUGCUGAAGCAGGAGCUCUGAUUACAAAGAUGUCUCCUGAAACCACCUCGGGACCAGCGCUUGCAAGCAGUUGGAAUGUUUCUCCAACAAAACCAUGUAGCUGCUUAUUAAAUGCUUAAUGUCCGUGGAAGCUGGCCCAGGGCCCGUCCCAUAGCUGCCUGCUGUGCUCUCAGUGUGCGGUGGCUAGUUGCUUAUCAUCCACUCCAGCCCCCAGAACGAAAGUUGGCGAACCGUGGCCCCAGGGGCCAAAUCAAACCUCAGUGUGUUUUUAUGAAGUUUUAUUGGAACCUUCCCAAUUGCAGCAAAUGCCUCAUCUCAGGCUGCUCUGCCGAGGACGAAGUAGUUGCAAGCAAAGCCUGACGGCGCACAGAGCUGAAAAGAUUUACUAGGACCCCCUACAGAAAGUUUGCUGACCCCAGCUUUAGGACAAAAUAAAGGCUAAGUUCAAGAGUGUCUGAAAAUGAGGAACUGGUGAAUACAGACAAUAGACUGAAGUUCAGAGGCGUCUACCAAUUAAAAAAAAAAUAAAAAAAAAAAACCAUCUGGAGUUCUGGGUGCCUCUGUCGGUUAAGUCUGACAUUCGCUCAGGUCGUGAUCUCACGGUUUGGGAGUUCGAGCCCCGCAUGGGGCUUUACGCUGAUUAGGAUUCUCUGUCAUUCCCUCUCUCUCUGCCCCUCCCCCACAAUCUCAAAAUAAAAACAAAACCUUUGACAGUUCAUUCAAA